GAGUAUUCUUCGCACACUCAUCUGUCGUCUCUCACUCUCUAAAAUGGCGGGUUGUUUCAGCUUCACAGCUUCCCACGACCGUUGCUACCGUUUCUCCUUCUCCAACACCGGUCUCAAAUCAACUACCACCGGUCUCGGCAACACCACCAUCAUGCACUGCUGGGUUCCCAAAUCCCACAAACCCAACAAACCCUCUCUUCUACUUCUCCAUGGCAUGGGCGCUAACGCAAUGUGGCAAUGGAACGAAUUCAUCUCCCAACUCACUCGUCGUUUCAACAUCUACGUUCCCGAUCUUCUCUUCUUCGGUGAGGCUCACACCUCUAAACCUAAUCGAACCGAAUCUUUUCAAGCUCAGUGUGUUGCUGCUCUCAUGGAAGCGCAUUGUGCGAGGAGAAUGAAUGUUGUUGGUGUUAGUUAUGGUGGUUUUGUUGGGGAGAGAGUGGAGAAAGUUGCGUUUUGUUGUGCUGGGGUUUGUUUGGAAGAUAAGGAUAUGGAGAAUGGAUUGUUUGUGGUUAAGAAUAUUGAUGAAGCUGCUAUGAUUUUGAUUCCUCAGACUCCAGAGAAGAUGAAGCAGCUUGUUAAGCUUACUUUUGUUAAGCCUUUCAAAGUUAUGCCGGCUUGUUUUCUCACUGAUUUCAUUGAUGUGAUGUGCACCGAAUUCCGACAGGAGAAGAAAGAACUAAUUGAAACAUUAUAUAAGGAUAGAAAACUGUCUAAUCUUCCCAAGAUAACCCAGCCUACACUAAUAAUCUGGGGAGAACAGGACCAGGUAUUCCCACUGGAAUUGGAAUUAGCUCACAGAUUGAAAAGGCAUCUGGGAGAGAAUGCACAACUAGUUGUUGUUAAGAAUGCAGGGGAUGCAAUCAACAUGGAGAAGCCAAAGGAACUGUCUAAGAUUUUUAAAUCCUUCCUCAUAGAUUCCACUACUUUACCAAUGCAAGAAAACCUCAGUAAUGGUCGCAAACUUGAUUAGCAGGGUCGUCCAUAAAAAUUAUAGAGAUUUUCAGCAUUACGAUG